AUGGCCAGCAAUGGCAGUAGUGGAGGUAAUAAGGGCGCCGGCACUAGUGGCGGCGAGAGCGGUAUCGUCGUUAUCGGCGACGGGCCUACUGGCGGCCCUGGUCGCGACGGAGGUCGUGGCAGCGCUGGCGGCGGUUUUGACAGAUUCAAGUGCAAAUACUGGCUUACUCACAACUGCCCGGGGACGACCUACUGCAACGGCCACCCCUGCCACAUGUGUAUGGUCUCUGGUCGUUUUUCCUUCGAUACCGAAGCACCACGUUCUCCUAGUCAGAGCCCUCGCCAGAGGACCGCAACCGCAUGGCAAGAUCCAGAGCACCGGGGCUACCCAGUCCCGGCCAGGCCGACCGAAGUCUACGUCCCACACGCCGUCAACGGCACCCUCCAGUACACAUUAUGGAAGUACCCCCCAGCACCAGGCUUAGCCGGGGCGCGUUAA